CAAACCAAAUAUGUUAACACAGUCAUGCAAACAGUUACCUGUCACUGUUUGAUAUUGCUGAUAGAAGAUGUUUAGCUAUUACAACAGGCAAUAUUAAUCAAUUAGAUUAGUUUAUGUGAAUAAAUUACCAUAUUAGUAGUCAUAUUCCUUUGAUUUCAAUAUGGGAUCCUACUGCUCAUCUCAAGCAAAAUUUGGAAGAAUUGGGACGAUGGAAAUUUCUGCGUUGGAGGCUAUUGCAGACAGACUCAGAGUGCACAGUAUAAGAGCUACUAAUGCGGCAGGAAGUGGCCAUCCCACAUCAUGUUCUUCCAUCGCAGAAAUUAUGUCUGUGCUCUUUUUCCACACUAUGCGGUACAAGAUAUCGAAUCCCAAAGAUCCCGCUAGUGAUCGUUUGAUUCUAUCGAAAGGUCAUGCUGCGCCAAUAUUGUAUGCAGCAUGGGCAGAAGCUGGUUUAUUCUCUGUGGAUGAUUUACUGAAUCUGAGAAAAGUGGAUUCCGACUUGGAAGGUCAUCCUACACCGCGUCUAAAUUUUGUCGAUGUGGCUACUGGUUCUCUGGGGCAAGGCCUGAGUUAUGCAGCUGGAAUGGCAUAUGUUGGAAAAUACAUAGAUAAAGCUAGCUAUCGUGUAUAUUGCAUUUUGGGAGACGGAGAAUCAGCAGAAGGAUCAGUCUGGGAAGCCUUAUCCUUUGCCUCUCACUACAAAUUGGACAAUCUUGUGGCUAUUUUCGAUGUUAACCGACUCGGACAAAGUGAAGCCGCACCUCUACAACAUAAUUUAGAUGCGUACAAAUCCAGGCUUGAAGCAUUUGGCUGCGUAACGUACACGAUAGACGGACAUAAUGUUGCGGAACUGUGCAAAAAACUAGAGGAUGCAAAAAGAAUUAAAGGAUUUCCUACUGCUAUUGUUGCGAAGACGUUUAAAGGUAGAAAAUUCCCAGACAUAGAAGACAAAGAGAACUGGCAUGGCAAACCAUUAGGAGAGAAAGGUACUGAAAUUAUCAAUUUACUUCAGGAUGAGUUAGCGAAGAAAGGAGCAACAACGAAACCUUCUCCAGCGGCACCCGAGGGAGAAGUGCAAGAAGUGAAUAUUUCGAAUAUAAAAUUAUCGGAGGAUCCAAAUUACACAGUGGGAGAAAAAGUAGCAACUCGUUUGGCUUAUGGAACAGCGCUUACCAAACUCGGUCGGAGUAACAACCGCAUCGUAGCUUUGGAUGGAGAUACUAAAAACUCAACACAUUCUGUAAAAUUUCGUGAAGCUUUUCCGGAACGAUUCGUAGAAUGUUUCAUUGCUGAACAGAACUUGGUGGGAGUCUCCGUAGGAGCAUCUUGCAGAGGAAGAACAGUACCUUUCGUCAGCACAUUUGCCACAUUUUUUACCAGAGGGAUGGAUCAGUUAAGGAUGGCGGCUAUAUCGCAAUCAAACAUCAACUGCUGCGGCUCCCACUGCGGGGUAUCCAUAGGGGAGGAUGGCCCUUCACAAAUGGGACUGGAGGACUUAGCUUUAUUCCGUUCCAUACCGGGUAGUACAGUUUUCUACCCGAGCGAUGCAGUAUCAACGGAAAGAGCCUGUGAAUUAGCUGCGAAUACGAAAGGAAUCUGCUACAUUAGGACCUCACGCCCUGAAACUCCAGUUAUAUACAAAAAUACUGAAAACUUCGAAGUUGGCAAGGCUAAGGUUUUAAAAAAAUCGGAAAAAGACAAAGUUCUCAUCAUAGGUGCAGGAGUUACUUUGCAUGAGGCUAUGAAAGCCUGUGACAUAUUGGCUGAAGGUGGCAUUAAUGUCAGGGUACUGGAUCCUUUUACGAUAAAACCAAUCGACAAAGAAACAGUACUUGAAAAUGCUCGUCAAUGUGGGGGGAAGAUUAUUACUGUUGAAGAUCACUAUCCAGAAGGUGGUUUAGGAGAUGCCGUAUCAGAAAUAACUUGUGAGGAAAAAGAUCUUCUUCUUAAACGAAUUGCAGUCACUAAGCUUCCAAGAAGCGGACCUGGAGAUGUUCUCUUGGACAUGUUUGGUAUAAGUUCCAGAUGUAUAGCAGAAGCUGUCAAGGAAUACGUCCGAUAAUAUUGAACUUCAGCUGAAAGGAGUAGAAGCCUAUACAAGCACAUAAUGUAAAUCUGCUUUUUGUCUUUUUUCCUUACUAUGUAUAUUUUAAAUAAAUUUUGAUCAACAUUUUCUUAAUUUUAAAAA